CCCUCAGAUCAGAAUCAGACCAACACAGCCGCAGGCAGCAGCUACACUACUUGCUUGCUUUGCUUGUAACUACCCACAGCUAUUCCACUUGAAUUGGCCAGCGUUAGAGUUAUGGCCAACAACAAGCUCCCCGCCCUUCCCCUCGCCGCCGUCCUCCUGGCGCUCGCCGCGCCCUCACUCGCCGGCGACCCCGACAUGCUCCAGGACAUCUGCGUCGCCGACUACAAGUCCCUCAACGGCCCUCUGAGGCUGAACGGGUUCCCGUGCAAGAGGCUGGAGAACGUGACGGCCGACGACUUCUUCUCCGGCCUGCUCGCGAUCCCCGGCGACACGGGCAACGCGGCGGGGUCGGCGGUGACGGUGGCGAACGUGGAGAGGCUCCCGGGGCUCAACACCCAGGGCGUGUCCGUGGCGCGGAUCGACUUCGCGCCGUGGGGCGUCAACCCGCCGCACACGCACCCGCGCGCCACCGAGGUCAUCUUCGUGCUCCAGGGCUCCCUCGACGUGGGGUUCGUCACCACCGCCAACAGGCUCUACGCCCGCACCGUCUGCAGGGGCGAGGUCUUCGUCUUCCCGCGCGGCCUCGUCCACUACCAGAGGAACAACGGCGGCACCCCCGCCGCGGUCAUGUCGGCAUUCAACAGCCAGCUGCCGGGCACGCAGGCCGUCGUCCAGACCCUCUUCGGCGCCUCGCCUGCAGUGCCCACCGACGUGCUGGCCAGGGCGUUCCAGAUCGACGGCGGCCUCGUGGAGGCCAUCAAGUCCAAGUUCCCGCCCAAGUAGGCACCGCACGCGGGGCGUACAUAUGCUGCCAUGAAUUGAAUGAAAUUGGUGAUCCAUGUCAUUCGAUACCAUUACGGGUUUUAGUUCGUUUGAUACGCUAGCCGGCAGUACAUCAUCACGUUGUAUGCUACGUUGGGUUGUUUCGUGUGGUCAUGCAUGGCCUCAACACUUCACUGUUGCUGCUUUUCAACUUUGGCGUAAACCAUUUGUGUAAUUAAGAUGGUAUGUAUAUGUCACCGCCGGCAUUGUCUCUAUUAUAGAUGCUUCUUUUGGCACAGCUCA